AGAUUUUCAUAUCAAAUCGUCGUAUUUUCGGUGGGUGGUGGCAAUUUUCCGCCGUAUCACUAGCAGCUAAUCGGAACGAUUUUCCUAUCCGAGUUAUGAAUAGUUGUCGCGUCUGUUUGAAGCCAUGUGCGGCCAAUUCGCUUUAUAAGAACCGCUUCUUCCGGGAAAAGUUCCAGGACAUCCUGUGCAUGUGGCUGGACCCCAGAAGAGAAUCUAGUUUGGUCGAUGUGUGCAAGGAAUGCGAGACCGAUGUGGUCGAAUUCUACAGCUUCAAACAUAAAUGUCGGGACAUAAUCCGAGGUGUGGAACAUCCAACCCCCCUGAUUGAUGAUCAUGACAAAAUUUCUCUGCCGGAAGACGAACAUAGCUCAAAUGCUUUGCAAUCCCUGCUGGACAAUUGCGCCGAAACGGUGGAGCUUUCGAUUGAGACUUUGGAAAGUUUGAAUACAGAUGGAAAGGAGGGGACAGGUACUGCACCGAAGCCGAAAAAGGCGCCCAAGCCAAGACCGAAGCAAUCACUUGGUCCGUCGAUCAAAAAACGGAGAUUCCGGUUCAGAACUCCGGAAGAGAUCCUGAAGGAAAAGAUGAGACCCAAAAGACCAAUUCAACGCAAAACGGAAGCUGAAAAGGCAAUGGACCCGGCCGAGUACAAGCGGUACUACUUCCAAAAGACCAUGGAGAAAUACAAGAAGACCUGCGAGAUCUGCGGCAAGAGAUUUCCUCCGGAUCGGCUGGAAGGCCAUAUGAACGGCCAUCGGGGAUUGACUCCCUAUAAGUGUGGGCACUGUGAGUUACAGUUCAACUGCAAGCUCAAUUUGCGGGGUCACAUCCAGCGGAUGCACGUUACUGGGCGCGAAGUUAACUGCACCCUGUGCGGCAAGCAGCUUAGCAGUGAGAUUACGCUCAAGAAGCACAUGUUUGCGGUGCACGAUGAAAAGAAGUUCCAGUGCACCUUGUGCGGGCUGAAGAUACUUAGCAAGCAUUCGCUGCAACGGCACAUGAACAUCCACACUCAAACGAGAGACUACGUGUGUCCGCACUGUGGCAAAGCGUUCUACUGCCAGAGCGUGCUGACCAUCCACCUGCGGACGCACUCCGGCGAGACUCCGUACACGUGCAACAUAUGUCCGAAGAAUUUCAUCCACCGGCGAAUUUAUGUGAUGCACAUGCAGAAGCUACACCCGGGAGAACCGCUGAUGCAACUGAACGGGGCCAAAGCGCUGAAAGAAACGUUGAUGAAGAAGUAUCAUAGUGGGAUUUAGUGAGAGCAGAGUGUGGAGAAUCAGAAUAACAUGCUAUUGACUUUCAAGUA